AGUAACUCUGAUUCGUUUCAAACUAUAAAUACACUAUUUAAGUAUGCAGGUCAUCGCCUCGCUCGUCGCGGUCCUCGCUGUUAGCUCGGCCGCCUACGUCCCUCGCAUCAUCACGGCUCCUACCACGAAGGUUGACUACCACUGCUCAACGCUGAUGCUUGGACGCAAAACAGGAGAUCAGAUUCAGAUGCCAAAACGAACUGUUGGAUCACAUGAUUACCUUUAUGUUGCCGAUGGUUGCUUCAAGCAGCAGAAGAAGUGGGUAGGCGAGAACGUGACGGCCUGCGACAGCGUGGGUUCCUGGCCGCCCACCGUCCUGCCGCUCGGCGCCGGCAGCUUCUCCCCCCUUUACAUUAACUGCGCGCAGGAGAACCCCCAUCCGUGCUACGAGCUGAUCAUUGUUCAUGUCACGCUGUAUUGUGAGCCGAAGAGCUUGAAUAGCUUGUAAAUUUCAA